AUGAUUGAUAAAUUCUACCCAGUAAUUGAUCGAAUUAAAAAACUACUAUGUCCUGAUGGUUUAUUCGGAAUAGCGGACUUUUAUGUUUCUUCUCGUGUGAUUAGUGAUGAUGUACAAGUUCAACAAGGGACACUAAAUCGUCAUUGCAACUGGUUUACUCGAUGGUUUUGGCAAAUUUGGUUUGAAUUCGACCAUAUUAACCUACAUCCAUGUCGUCGUGACUAUGUUGAAUAUCAAUUCGAUACAAUAAAAAGCUUUAACGGGCGCAACCAUUUCCUAAUUCCUUAUUUGGUCCAGAUUCCUUACUAUGUCUGGUUGGGUACUAGCAAAUCCUCAAAUUCUGCCUCCCAUGUUAAUUUAAAUCCUAUAGAAACCAUUUCAUUGGCUUCUUCGGAAAAGUCUUCCAAAACUUCUGCUGGAUCCAUCUCAAACAAGUCUUUUGUAAAUAGCCCGGUUUGGCGUCAACCUUAUAACCCUAUUUUACCGCGUCACACUCAAUUUAAUACUUAUAUUUAUGCGUUUACGUGGGAAGAUCCACGCGAAGAUCUGAAAGUACUUAAUUUGAGUGAAGAAGAUAGUAUGCUAGUUAUUACUAGUGCUGGAGAUAACUUAUUAGAAUAUGCUUUAAAAGCAAAUCCCAAACGGAUACACUGUGUAGAUCUUAACCCAUGUCAGAGUGGUGCUUUAGAUAGUAUUAGAAUUCAUACUAAUUAUAUUGUUGAUGCUUUGAAAGGAUUAAAUGAGGGGGAGUUGACAAGAGCUGUUUUAAUGGAUCACAUAGAUUGGUUUUCAGAAAGUGAGGCGGAGGAAGAGAUUAAACAAAUAGCAAGAGCUGUUAGGAAAGGUGGUCAGGUGUUUUGGAGAUCAAGUGCUAGGCAUCCGUGGUAUAAUAAGGUUUUCGUCAAGCACGGCUUUGCUGUUGAGCCGAUUUGUAUUCGAGAACCUGGGUCUGCUUCUACCGUGCGACUAGGAUUUAAUUGUUUCUACAGUCCCAUAGUGCUGGACUCCACCGGAGCGACU